GCAUAUAUUUGGCCUGCCACGAGCUGGAGCAUGCUAUGACUAGUCCAAUGCCAAAAUCAAAUCAAGAUGAUAAAUUAUAUUUAGUUAUAUGUUUUGGCCUGCCAUGGGUUGAAGUGUGAGCGAAACUAGUCCAAUACUAGCAUGAUAACAUUAUCGAGUCGGACGUAUGCUAACUUGUUAAUGAAAUGUAAUUUCACUGAAUUACUGUUGAAUAAAAUUGCUGAUUUGGUGAUAUAUGAUGUGUUUAACAGAACUGUGGUGAUAUAUAACAUGCAUUUCGAUAUAUCUGCUAGCUUGCUUACAUGUGUGCAGGUCUAGUCCAGAAAGAUGAGAUGCCAAUCAGUAUAUAUUUUCCGACUAACACGCUUGUGCAUCACAUCCAGAGAUUUCUUUCUUCUUUGCAAGACUCAUAUUCAGAGCUAUCUUGUUAUUUUUGGUGAGAACUUCCAUCUCUUCAAGUAUUUAAACUUAUUUUUGACAACUUGGUCAAAAUAUUGGAUGAAGCAAGAUUUGUUAUUUUAGUGAACUUAUUACAUGUUUUGCUGCAAACCAUCUUCAUGGUAUAGUAAUUGGAAAUGUUACUUAUUUGUCUUCCAUAUUUCUGCCUCACCAAGCCCAUCCAGCCCAACUCACUCACUGGCCCAACCCAGCUCUCUUAUUAAAAUAAAAGCCCUUGAAGCACCACCACCCUUGGAUGCUAACUGAUAAGAGAUCUUUUAUGGCUCCCCAAGGGUUGUUCUAAAUCCUCUCCCCAACAUUCUAACCAAAGAGAAGGAGAGAAAGAAGGGAAGAUGGCAUUCCACCUCUCUUCCACCCCUCCCUCCUCUCAAUCCCACCACCUCCACUCCUUCCCCCACAACCCCUCACAUCCCCUCUUCUCCUUCUCUGCCCAAAUCCUCCAUUUGUCCUCCCCUUUCCUCUCUUCUUGGAAGCACAAAAACCCUAUCAAAACCCCUCUCCCCUCCCUCUCCUCCCCUCCACCCAAACCCCUCCUUUCGCUUCAUACCCCUACUAAAGUCUCCCUCCAAGACCCCUCUUCCCAGACUUCUCUGGAGUCCGAUCCCCAAUCCCUGCCCCUGGACGGCCAGAAGCGCAAAACCCCCUCCAAAAACUCCAUCUGGGUCAACCCCAACAGCCCCCGCGCAGCCCGCCUCCGCCACCACUCCUCCGACUCCCGCUACGCCCGCCUCGCCGUCCUCGCCGCCUCCCUCGAUUCCUCCGACCCCACCGACGCCGCCGUCACCGCCGCCAUCUCCGCCCUCGCCGACCGCCCCACCGAGCAGGACGCCGUCACCGUCCUCAACUGCAUGGAGAACUCCGCCAACGCCGUCCUCGCGCUCAGGUGGUUCCAGAACAGCAUCAAGAUCGACAAAGAGGUGAUUUUGUACAAUGUGACGCUCAAGGUACUGAGGAAGUCUAAAAACUGGGAUGGGGUGGAGGCCCUCUGGAAGGAGAUGCUGGAGAGGGGAGUUAAGCCGGAUAACGUGACGUUUUCGACCAUUAUUAGCUGCGCCAGGUUCUGUAAUUUGCCGGAGAUAGCUGUGGAGUGGUUCGAGAAGAUGCCCGAGUUCGAAUGCAGCCCGGAUUAUGUUACGUACUCCGCGAUGAUCGAUGCUUAUGGCCGGUCGGGCAAUAUCGAGAAGGCUCUUGGCCUGUAUGAUCGUGCCCGCCAGGAAAGGUGGCGUCUUGAUCCUGUUACGUUCGCGACGGUGAUCAGAGUUUACAGUCAUUCGGGGAAUUUUGAUGGUGCACUUAAUGUGUAUGAGGAAAUGAAGGCGCUUGGUGUGAAGCCAAAUGUGGUCAUAUAUAACACCUUGUUCGAUGCCAUGGGCAGGGCCGGGAGGCCGUGGCAAGUGAAGACUAUCUUUAAAGAGAUGGAUAAGAAGGGGUUGGUGCCCAACAGGGCGACAUAUGCUGCUCUCCUAAGAUCAUAUUGCAAGGCUCGUUAUGCUGAGGAUGCGCUUAGUGUUUAUAGGCAGAUGAAGGAGAAAGGGAUGGAGAUGAAUGUGAUCUUGUAUAACAUGCUCUUGUCGAUGUGUGCUGAUAUUGGUUGUGUUGAUGAAGCUGCUGAGAUUUUUGCGGAGAUGAAGGGGUUGCCUGAUGACUGUAAGCCUGAUAGCUGGAGCUAUUCGGCUCUGAUUACUGCAUACUCUUGCAGUGGACGAGUUUUGGAGGCAGAAGGCUUGUUAAAUGAGAUGUUAGAAGCUGGAUAUCAGCCAAAUAUCUUUGUGCUUACAUCAAUCAUCCAGUGUUAUGGGAAAGCUAGGCAGACUGAUGAUGUUGUGAGAAGUUUUGACAAGCUAUUAGAGUUGGGGAUAACACCAGAUGACCGGUUUUGUGGCUGUCUUUUGAAUGUGCUGACUCAGACACCGACAGAAGAAUUAGGGAAGGUGAUUAGCUGUAUUGAGAGAGCUAAUGUCCAGUUGGGUUCUUUAGUGAAGCUACUAGUGGAUGAAGGAUCUGCCAAUGAGGCAGUCAAACAAGAAGCUGAAGAGCUCUUCGAGAACAUCAGUAAUGAAGUGAAGAAGGCUUACUGUAAUUGCUUGAUAGAUCUCUGUGUAAACCUCAGUCAAUCAGAAAAAGCUUGUGUGCUCCUGGAUAUGGCACUUCGGCUUGAGAUAUAUACAGAUCUACAGUCAAAAUCUCCUACACAGUGGUCUUUACAUGUGAAGAGUCUUUCUCUUGGAGCAGCGUUGACUGCUUUGCAUGUCUGGAUGAAUGAUUUGUCCAAGGCCUUAGAGAAUGGAGAGGAGUUGCCUCCACUCCUGGGUAUUCAUACAGGACAUGGGAAGCAUAAAUAUUCAGAAAAAGGGUUGGCAUCUGUGUUUGAGUCACACUUGAGAGAAUUGAAUGCACCAUUUCAUGAGGCACCAGAUAAGGUUGGAUGGUUUCUGACCACAAAAGUUGCUGCUAAAUCAUGGUUGGAGUCGAGGAAUUUGUCAGAGUCGGUUGCUGCUUAGUUUGCAUCAUUAGAUACAAGAAUCUUGUCUUGAAAGCCAUUUGCAGGAUUGUCUCAUUCGACUCAGAAGUCUACAAUGACUUGGUUUUAGAAGAUGUUCCAGCACGGUCGAGGUUUUUGGAGGACACAUUAUCAUUAGGCAGAGAUCGUCUUUUGGUGCUCUCUUUGAGCUUCCCUUGGUCCACGAGCUUGCUGCUUCAGUUCUCCUUGGUCAUGAGUAGUUGUGCACAAGAGGCUUUCCAUAGCUUAUCUAGGCUAAUUUAUCCAUCAUAAAAUGCUACAGACAUCCGGGCAUGGUCAAAAGCCAGUGAUGCAUCUGAACGUGAAAUUAAAUCCAGACAUCUUUAGCCAGGUGGAUUGCAAGUAUAGAAAUGUUUGGCACUUGGAGGUCAGGGAGUAGCAGUAUGAUCCGAAGUUGGCUUUUUAGUGUAUCUUAAUACCAAACGUGUGCGUUGUUUUAUCUCUAAUAAACAAUAGAAGGGCGUAUGAUUGUACACUUUCAUUCUCAAAUUCCAUGAUUAGUGAACUUGCUGAAUGUAGCAACACCUUUUUCCAUUA